AUGAACCCAAUUAGUGUUGAAGAAUACCUUCAAAAUAUUGAAGAAAAUAAUAAGAAUACAAAAGACGCUUGUAUUAGGUACAUUACUGAAUUUAAUAAUUCUACAUCUUCACUAGAACAAUUUAUGCAAUUCCUUAUUCAAUCCUUAAAUGUUCACGACUAUUUGCUAAAGAAACUUUCUGAGAACAACCUUCAAUUACAAAACCAAGUCGAUGGUUUGAAAAAAGAACUCUCUGAGUUAAAACAAACCACUAUACCAAAUCCAGGUGCUAGCUCUUCUCUUAGAAUACCUCCUCAUAUAAACAACCCACAACCCAAUGUCUUUGCUUCUUAUUCUCCUCAAGUGAAUUCAUCAAACCAACCUUUAUUUCCUGAAUCCAAACCAAUACCUACUUCACAAGUACCAAUGCAACCUAUCAAUCCUGGAAAGCCACUAAUGCCUUUACAACCUAUCAAUCCUGGAAAGCCAAUCAUGCCUUCUCAACAAGGAUUUUCUUCAUACGGUCAACCUAAGCCAAUUUUUCCUCAACAACCAGCAAUGCAACCUAUCAAUCCUGCAAAGCCAGUAAUGCCUUUACAACCAGGAUAUGCUCCAUAUGGUCAGCCUAAGCCAAUUUCUCCUCAACCAGUAGUACCAAUGAAACCAAGUCAUUCAAUGGAACCAACACCAAAUAAUACUAAUGUCUGA